AUGAGCAGAAACAAAGACACAGUUCACGCCGAUGCGCGUCGCUUCCUCGAUGAGCGUGGCUCUAACGUAUCGGUCGCGCCAAACGGCCUCAAUCCUGCGACUAUUAUGGAAAAAGCCGUUAAGGAUCGCAUCGUCGACUCAUACUUCUACAAAGAGCAAUGCUUUGCGCUCAACGAAGCGGAUAUUGUAGAUCGCGUCGUCGAGCAUGUCAAUUUCAUUGGUGGAACGUACGGUGUCACACAAAAGCCCAGUCCAUUCCUGUGUCUUGCCUUCAAGCUACUUGAGCUGUCGCCCAGCGAUGCAGUGCUUAUGGAAUACCUGAAAUAUGGCGGAGAGGCUUUUAAAUACCUGCGCGCGCUUGCGUGCUUCUAUUUCCGACUCACAAGACAAGCGAAGGACGUGUACCAGAUGCUGGAGCCGUUCCUCGAGGAUCGGCGCAAACUUCGACGAAGAGGAAGGGCGGGCGUGGUGUUGACAUUCAUGGACGAAUUUGUGGAUGAGCUUUUGACAAAGGAGCGAGUGUGCGGUACAAGUCUUUGGAAGAUGCCAAAGCGAGAAGUUUUAGAAGAUUUGGAAAUUCUUGAGCCAAGGGUCAGUCCCCUGGGCGACCUUGAGGACCUUCUUGAGGAAGAGGACGAAGCAGAGAAAGAGAAUGGAACAAGAGAAGAAUCUGGAGAGAUCUCCGAUAGAGAUGAUAUGGAAGUUGAUCGCGAUGAGAGGAGAAGUCAGAUUCGAAGCCGCAGUCGAAGUCGAAAUCGAAGUCAAAGUGACAGCCGAAGUCGAUCACCUUGA